UUUUAAUAUAAUUUCUAUAGUCUUGUAAUCAUCAUCAUCAUCAUCAAAUUGCUUAUUAGGACUCUUUUUACUUAUAAUUUGUAUAGGUCUCUACUUCUGUGUUCUAUUUGAUUGUAUAUAGGUUUUAUACUACAGAUUAUAUGUAUGUAAUUGUUAUCGUUUACCUAUCUGUUUUAUUUUGCAGGCUGAUUACUGGGGAUUUUUACUAGGGUUAAAGAGCAUACGUUUUGGUAAAGAUAUAAACUUUACUGAUUUUGAGAGUUGAAAUUGCAGUAAAAAUAGCAAUCUAACCAAUUUUACCCAUUACAAAUCCUUCUGGGUGAAAGUAGUUUCUACUGCAUGGUUGAGGGGUUUAUUGAAGUGGGUAAUUUUGCUGCUACUGUUAAGAAAAAUUACCUCAAAUCUGUUCUUUGAAUCUAUUUAUAGAAAAGUAUAACUUUUCACAGUUUAUGGGAAAGAAAUUGAAAAUCUUUAUAAUCAAUCUGUUUUUUUUUUUUUGGUCACAGGAUAGAAUUAAAAUCCUCUGUGUUCUAAAUAUUGUUUGGUGUAUUAGAAAUGUCUGCAAAGUCUGAAAAAAUGUUAACUUUGAGGUUUCUUUCUUGUCUAAUAGUCUUAUCAAUGUGUCUAAUGGUCAUCUCUACAUUGUCCCUCCAUUUUAGUUCCGAUUUUUUCCUUCCCAGACCAGUUGUGAAUAUAGUUCUUGUUAAUAGUACGUCGGGUUACUGGAAAUCCAGUGCUAUAAGUGCAGAAGUCGAAACGUUUUUGCUUCCCUCUGAAACCAUGCCUAGACAAGAGGUUAAGAGCUUAGUUGUGGUUAGUGAAGAUUCGAGUUCUAUGAACAGCUCGGGGAUUAGGGGGCGGGAUAGAAGGUGUGAUGUGAAUAAUGCUCGUCUUAGAGUGUAUAUGUAUGACUUGCCUCCCGAGUUUCAUUUCGGGCAAUUGGGGUGGAAACCGUGGAAUGGAAGUGGGAACGAUUCGUGGUGGCCCGAUGUUAGUAACCCGAGCGAGGUGCCACGGUACCCCGGGGGCUUAAAUUUGCAGCAUAGUGUCGAGUAUUGGCUGACUCUUGAUCUGUUAUCGUCGAAUGUCCCGAGCAUUGCUAGGCCUUGCACCGCUGUGAGAGUGUGGAACUCGAGCGAAGCGAACGUGGUGUUCGUCCCGUUUUUCUCGUCUCUGAGCUACAACCGCAACUCGAGGGUUCAUCGUAGGGAAAAAUUCAGCAUCAACCGGAUGCUGCAGGACAAAGUGGUUCGGUUUUUGCAGAGCAGAGACGAGUGGAAGAGGUUUGGCGGGAGGGACCAUUUGGUCCUCGCUCACCACCCGAAUAGUAUGUUGACCGCGAGGAAGAAGCUCCGGUCUGCUAGGUUUGUGCUCGCGGAUUUUGGAAGGUAUCCGGUUCAUGUAGCGAACGUUGCAAAGGAUGUGAUCACUCCUUACAAGCACAUAGUAAAGACGAUCGAUGGCUUUAGCUCCCCCGGGUUUGCUCAACGCCCUAUUUUGGUCUAUUUCCAAGGUGCAAUACAUAGGAAAGCCGGAGGAGCUAUUCGGGAGAAGUUGUACAACCUUCUCAAAGGCGAAAAAGGCGUGCAUUUCGCCUUUGGGAGCGUACGAUCAACCGGCGUGAGCUCAGCAGCACGGGGAAUGGCCUCAUCGAAGUUCUGUUUGAAUAUAGCCGGGGACACCCCGUCCUCGAAUCGCCUCUUCGACGCCAUUGCUAGCCACUGUGUCCCCGUGAUAAUCAGCGAUGCUAUCGAGCUUCCAUACGAAGACGUCCUAGACUACACGAGCUUCUGCGUUUUCGUUAGAGCUUCCGAGAGCACGAGGAAAGGCCAUCUCCUGAAUCUCCUCAGAGGCAUUAACGAAGAGAAGUGGACCGAGAUGUGGGAAAGGCUAAAGGAGGUCACCGAGCACUUCGAGUACCAAUACCCAUCCCAGCCUAAUGAUGCCGUCGACAUGAUUUGGCAGGCGGUCGCGAGAAAGGUAUCUUCGAUAAGAACACAAGUGCCCCGUGAGUAUAGAUACCUCAGAUCACAGCUCUUUUUAAAGAACAGGCGAAAAUGAUGUCCCGGGCCAUCGUUUUCUGGUAAUGCUGGGAUAUGAUCAGGUCCAGGUUAGGUUAGGCUUUACUUGUUAGAACAUGUCUUGACAGAAAUAUACAUUCAUAUAUACUAGCUAGCAAUAGGACAAUCAAAGUAUAGUUCAUUGUUUCAUUAGACAUGGCUGAAUGCAAACUUUUGAUGUAACCUCAAAUCAAUCCCCUUAUAAAAAUGAGUGGGAGCAAAAAGGAUGGUUUUUUUUAUUAA